UUUAGUCAUACUUUUAGUGCUACUUGCACAAAACGUCUAUCUUUCUCCGUGUUCCUUUGACUAGUUAUAUAUACAUAUUUGUCAAUUGUUUUUUAUGACCUCCAUUUCUAAGUACUUCUAAGCUUCAUAAAUGUCAUAUAUAUGUAUCAUAUUUCAUGUCUAAUGUAAGUUUCACUCUUCAAAAUGUUCCCAGAAUUCACAAUCUUAAUUUGGGUACUAAUAACAUUAGUUUCCAUCUUUAUACUUCUUCGUUUACUCUACCAUACUUCUGUUUUUCACAUCAUUAUAAGUUGGUUAAUUUUUCUCCUAGACCAUUUUCAUAUUUACCAUCUUUACAAAAUCCCACAAUACAAUGAUCAUUUCCAAGAAAAUCAGCUCUUUCGAAAAGUAUUCACUUACAUAAGAUCAUUACCUUCUUUAGAAGAUUCAGAUUUCGCCGCGCUGUUUUCAGGAGAUAAACCAGGUGAUAUUCUUGUGUCUUUGAACUCUGAUGGAUAUGUUACUGAUACAUUCUUGCGUGCAAAAGUUACUUGGAUAUAUAACAAAAGCAACAAUUAUGAAGGUAAUGUUGUACUGAAGAUGAAGUCUAAGGAUAAGAAGAGGAUUUUAGUCCCUUACAUUCAACAUAUUUACAAGGUAGUUGAUGACAUUGAGCAAAAGAAAAAGGAGUUAAGGAUUUAUCUAAACUGUUCAUCGAACGAUAAUGAUGGACUAAAUUCACAGUGGAGAUCAUUUCCUUUUGUUAAUCCAUCAUCAUUUGAUAACAUUGUUUUGGAUAAUGAUGUUAAGAGCAAGGUUAAGAAUGAUCUUGAGGUGUAUUUAAAGUCUAAGCAAUAUUACAAUAAGAUUGGACGUGCUUGGAGACGAAGUUAUUUGCUGUAUGGUGGAUCUGGUACAGGUAAAUCUAGCUAUGCAGCUGCUAUGGCUAAGUAUUUAUCAUAUGAUCUUUAUGAUAUCGAUUUAUCGAAGCCAUUAGAUGGCUCGGAUUUGAAGGUACUCUUGUUGCAAACGACAAGAAAAUCAUUGAUCUUGAUAGAAAACUUGGAUUGGUACUUGAUGGGAAAAUCAAACAGUGUGAGUUUAUCUACUAUGUUGAAUUUUAUGGAUGGUGUUGUAUCAAGUUGUGGUGAAGAAAGGGUAAUGGUUUUUACCAUGAAUUGUAAAUACCAUAUUGACCCGUUGGUUUUACGUCCGGGUCGAAUUGAUGUUCAUAUUCACUUCCCAUUUUGUGACUUUAACGGGUUCAAGGCUCUGGCUUUGAGUCAUUUGGGUGUAAAAGAGCACAAGCUGUUUAGUCAAGUUGAGGAGUUGUUUGAACAAAAUGUGUCACAAAUAAGCCUGGCAGAAAUUAGUGAGAUUAUGAUUUCACAUAGAAUGUCUCCUACUAGGGCUAUGAAAAAGGUUAUUAAAGCAUUGCAACAUGAAGUAAUUGAUGGCAAGCAAUCAAAUAAUGUUGGAUUAGAGAAAAAUGUGAGCGGUAGAGAUCAAGUUUCCGAGGAAUUGGGGGGUUCAAACUCUAAAGGUAAACGAGAAGGUCUGAAUGCUAUGAAGGAAAUUCAGAAAAUGUAUGGAAGAUUAAGAUUGAAAAGUAGUAGGAGAGCACAAUCUUUUGAUUUGAGUUUAUAAGCAAGUAGAGUUAAAUAGUUAUUAGUAGUUUGACUGAAUUUAGAAAUUUGUAAUGUUUAUUUCUUUAUUUGUUUUUGAGGGCGUAAUAUUUGUCCCGAAGGUGACAAUAAAAAUUAGAUUAUAUAUCCAUGUAGUCAUGUAAAUUAUGUAUAUACACUCUAAUGUUAAAGAAUAUGUAGGAGUUCAAAUUUAUUUA